GAAACGAAAGAUGCAUGCAUCUAUAAUUCAGACACGGGACUUGAUAACUUUUCAGCAAAUUAUGAAGAUGAUUUUGAAGAUUAUGAAGAUGAUUUUGAUGAUGAUGAAAAUGAAAAGAUUCCAUUUUCCAGAACAUCAGAUAUUGAAGAAAUUCAGAGAGCAAUUACUGCAGAAAAUGACAGAAUUUGUACUUCACUGCCAAAGAAAAUUGAAAAUGAAAAAAAGGCACCAGUCAUGGAAAAGCAAUACCCUUCUGUCAGAAACUCUUUUUGUGGAAUAUUCAUGGAUUUUCAAAUGGCAAACCAACGACAAAGUAGCCGAAGUAUGGCUAGUAAGCAGAAAAAACGGAGUUCAGAACUUCUCCCACUAAUUGAUCUGGACUUCUCAGUUAGUUUUUCUUUAUUGGAUUUGCCUCCUGUAAAUGAGUAUGACAUGUAUAUCAGGAAUUUUGGGAAAAUGAACACUAAGCAGGCAUAUGUUCAGUGUAACGAGGACAAUAUUGAGAGAGACAUUCAAACUGAGGAAGUUGAGACAUUGGAGAAAUGGACACAACAUCCAGGAGAAAGUGCUGUUGUAUCUGGAGGUCCCCUAAACAGCCAGGAUAUGCCAGUGAAUGGAGCUCUAACACCUAAAAUUGAUUCACAAAGAUUAGCAAAUUUCCUCCGGUCUGCUUGCCAGGUGAUUGCUGUUUUGCUAGAGGAAGAUCAAGUUGCAACACAACCCAGGUGGAAGCUAAGAUCUCGACAAACCAGUCUGUCUAUUAGUGAUAGCUGUUUCCAGUUAAAUACUAACCAGCCAUUCCUUCAUGACCGAAAAAUAUCCUGCCUAUAUAUGUCUCCAGUUCAGAGGCAAACACUACUUUCUGUUCAUGGAUUACCUGAAAAGGCAGGUAUUGUUUUACUGAACAGAAAAAGCAUCAUAUGCGUUUGGAACAUCUGGCAGCCCUCCAGUCCUCAAAAAGUUUUAAUAUGCAACUCAGAGGUGAUAUGUUGCUGCUCUAGUCCCAGUAAAGCAACAUUAGUUUUUGCUGGAACAAUAGAUGGUUCAUUGUUGGUGUGGGAUCUUCGAGAAGACUCAAGAAUGCACCCUCAUGUGAUGAUCGGUGAAACUGACUGGACAUUUAGAGUUCCAACAUUUUCCACUGAUGGCAUUCUAAACUCAGUAAACCACACCUCUCCUGUCCUCGCAGUGGAACCUGUCUCAACCUCUCUCUAUGCUGAUCAGAAUUAUGGGCUCUCAAGCCUCUCUUAUCAGGGGGAAAUGUCAGGCCCUCCAUUUCAGAUAGCUUCAAUGGAUGAAAAUGGAAUCCUCAAUAUGUGGGUAGUUGUUGAAUUACAAAAAGUGGAUUUAGCUGGUUCACAAACUGAUUUAGGUUUAAUUCCUGGAGGGAAAGUGAAGUUAGUACAUAGCUCUACUAUGGAAUUGAAUAACAGCCUUUUCCCAAAGGACGUGCGCCAGAGAGUGCCCCAGACACUGACAAUUAAAUUUCUGUCUUCUGAUCCUAAUCAUUUCAUUGUUGGAACAAACAUUGGGCUGGUAGGCCACGGUACAAGACAUGAUUUAAAAGUUCUUCCAAAGCUAUUCAGACCCCAGGAGAGUGGACUGAGGUCAAUAAGCAUCAAUGCAAUUGACUUCUUCCCUUUUGGAAAGCCGCUGUUUUUGGUUGGCUGUUCAGAUGGAAGUAUUAGAUUACACCAAAUGACAUCAGAGUAUCCCCUCAUGCAGUGGAACAACAGCACAAACGGCCAGCCAAUUACUGCCCUGCAGUGGGCUUUAACAAGACCUGCUGUGUUUUUCGUCCUGGAUGCAUCAUCUAAUAUUUACAUUUGGGAUCUUCUGGAAAAUGAUUUGUUGCCUGUGGCAAAGCAGACUAUUCCAUCAGAGAAUGUUGUAACUAUGGCUCUACUGGGAGAACCAGAAAAAACAAAUGGAUUGUUGGGCAUUGCACUGGCCAAAGAAUCUGGACAGAUAGACAUUCAGUAUGUAAAGAAGAAGUGGGCAUUACCUCAGCCUGAGGAAUCUGAAAAACUACAUUUGCUUUUAUUGCAGUCUGUUUAGAAACAGUACACCUGUCUGGGUGUUCAAAUUAUUACAAAAUAUUGAGAUUAUUUUUGACUGCAAUUAAAAGAUUUGUAAUGUAAUUUUCUAUUUGUAUAUAACUUGUAUAUAUUUUAAAGAAUAUCAGUACCCCAUUUCAGCUGAAACCAUCUAUUUUAUCACAGAAAUGGCAGAACCAGUUUUAGCAUUAUGGCGAACUCUAUUUCGUUAUUGAAAGUACUCUAGAUGUAUAUAUUUUCAAAAAAAUACUGAAAAUAUAUUGCUAUAAAUUACA